CACUCUGUUGCCCAGGCUGGAGUGCAGUGAUGUGAUUUUGGCCCACUGAAACCUCUGCCUCCCAGCUUCAAGUGAUCCUCCCACCCGAGCCUUCCUACCAGCUGGGAUUACAACCAUCCUCCAAUAAAUUCAAGUUUUUAUUUUGGAAUGACUUUCCAUUUAAAGAAUUUCGAGGAUACUACAAAGAGUUCCAGUAUAUCCUUCAUUCAUCUUUCCCUAAUGGGAGAGAAGGAUUAUUUUGAAAAAAAAAAAAAAAAAGAGAGAGAAAUGAUACCAAGUAAUCCAGCUUUAGUCUUUGUUGACUGAAGUGGGUAUUAGGAGCUUUGGCCAGUCAAAGCAAAAGGUAGCGAAAAGAUAGUCACUUCAAGGUGUCCAAGUUAAGAAAACCAGGAGGUAGAAUUCAAGGAGACCAUGUCAAAUCCUGUCAGCAAAGUCAAGGUCAGAAAGGAAGCCACUUCCUAACGACCCACACCACUGGUGGUCUCAUCACGCUGUUGCACCAUUUGGAUGUUUUCUAAUUCUCCCGGGCUGUUUUCUCUCCAAUUGGACUGUAAACUCCUGGCAGGCUCAGGCAGUGCUCUGAAGGUCUCUCACACGGUCCAACCUUACGCGAAAAGCACUUAUUGAAAGCACCUCGAUGGCCGGGCGCGGUGGCUCACGACUGUAAUCCCAGCACUUUGGGACGCCAAGGCGGGCGGAUCACCUGAGCUCAAGAGUUCGAGACCAGCCUGGCCAACAUAGUGAAACCCUGUCUCUACUAAAAAUACAAAAAUUAGCCAGGUUUGGUGGCGCGCGCCUGUAGUCCCAGCUACUUGGGAGCUUGAGGCAGGAGAAUCGCCUGAACCCGCGAGGCGGAGGUUGCAGUGAGCUGAGAUUGCGCCACUGCACUCCAGCCUGGGCGACACAGUGAGAAAGAAAGGAAAGAGAGAAAGAGAAAGAAAAAGAGAAAGAGACAGACAGCAAGCAAGCAAGCAAGCAAGCAAGCACCUCAACAGAGACAGAGACGUAAAGAAAGAGAGACAGAGACAAAAAGAAAGAAAGCACCUCCUCAGCUUCCCAUAGCGCAGGAGACUUGCUCGACCAGAGAACCUACGGUCAGACGACACAUCCACUGCCACACCCAUACCCAAGCCGGGACGCGGAACCGCUUCUACCCGCCCACACCGGAGAGGUUGCGCGCGAUUGGCCGGGCGGGCACAGAGGCCCGCCUUCCGAAGGUGGCAGAGCAGCCUCCCCAACUAAGCCUGGGUCGCCGCCUCGGUGAAGGGCCGCGGGGCCGAGCGCGGGAAGUGGCGUCCAGUCGGUUUUUGGCAGGCGAGAGCCAGAGCGUGAGAACCCUCCCACGGCGAGGCCAAGCCCUGAGACUGGACUAGCAAGGUCGUGAGUCUCUCUGUCAGCUCUCCGCAGCGAAGGGGCGCGGGGGGCGGGGACCGUGCCCGACCGUGCCAGCUCCCGCCCCGGAAGCGGAAGUGCAAGCACUGCGGGGUCCUGUCCAGUGUGAGCCCGACCCGAGCUCCAGUAGUUCCGCCCGCUGGUCAUCGCGCCCUUUCCCCUGCCGGUGUCCUGCUCGCCGUCCCCGCCAUGCUGUCUCUAGACUUUUUGGACGAUGUGCGGCGGAUGAACAAGCGGCAGCUCUAUUAUCAAGUCCUAAAUUUUGGAAUGAUUGUCUCAUCGGCACUAAUGAUCUGGAAGGGGUUAAUGGUAAUAACUGGAAGUGAAAGUCCAAUUGUAGUGGUGCUCAGUGGCAGCAUGGAACCUGCAUUUCAUAGAGGAGAUCUUCUCUUUCUAACAAAUCGAGUUGAAGAUCCCAUACGAGUGGGAGAAAUUGUUGUUUUUAGGAUAGAAGGAAGAGAGAUUCCUAUAGUUCACCGAGUCUUGAAGAUUCAUGAAAAGCAAAAUGGGCAUAUCAAGUUUUUGACCAAAGGAGAUAAUAAUGCGGUUGAUGACCGAGGCCUCUAUAAACAAGGACAACAUUGGCUAGAGAAAAAAGAUGUUGUGGGGAGAGCCAGGGGAUUUGUUCCUUAUAUUGGAAUUGUGACGAUCCUCAUGAAUGACUAUCCUAAAUUUAAGUAUGCAGUGCUCUUUUUGCUGGGUUUAUUCGUGCUGGUUCAUCGUGAGUAAGAAGCCUGCCUUGCUGUUCCUGGGAAGAUGCCAUAGUUUUCAUUACUGGAUGUUUGGAGUAGAUACUGGUCUGUGAUUGGUGGAAUGGAGAACACACGUGUUGGUGCUUCUGGGUAGCACUGGUUUGCAUUAGUUUAUGUUUCCACGCCAGAGUUUGUGUGGGCGGGCGCAUGUGCACCACAGAGUGCACUCGAGGGGACUUUCAGUCACAGGAUUUCAUAAUUGUCAUUGUCACACUUUCAAAUUUUUGUACAUCAGUGAAUUUUUUUAUAUUAAAAGGUUGAGCCAAAGCCCCCAGUGUUUGUAUUUUGAAGCCAAGCUUCACUUCUAAAGUGCCUACAGAGACUUGUAAAUGAAAAUGCAGCUCUGCACGAGUUUGAAACCGUCAUACCUCCUUCUAUUAGGAAUGGCAUAUACUGAGGUGGUCGUAAGUCUUAACUUUUAAAAUUUUAAAUAAAAGACUUUGCACAUUGAA